CGUGAAUAUUCAGUGAGAAAACACAUAGUAAUUCAGCUGUCUACCUUAUCGAUAUAACACGGCUAAAUGAAAAUAUCAUUCAAUUCAUAAUGUCAUUUCAAUAGUAGGGGAUUUUAAAUUCAGUCGUUUUAUACUCCUUCGUCAAUGUGUUUGGAGAGCUUACAUUUAGUGCGAUGUCAAGUAGUUGAUAGACAGACGUAUGUUCGACUCAAAACAAAUAUUAUUACAAUCGUAAAAAGGUUUUCAGAAAAAAACAUUGGCUUUUGUUUAACGAGACGUAUUCGCGAAUGUUUAUUCAUUUGUUUCGAGGACUGGUGUUAAGACGUGUUUGAGAUAUUAAUUUAAAAGCAAAUAUUAAAAUUUCAUUUAAUAUAUUAUCUCAAAAAUUUUCAUAUUUUUUUUUGUAAGAUUUAAUAGUGUUUGUGAAACUCAACCCAAAAGGACCAAGUAAAAAGGACAACGUACCAAAAAUGACGACUUUGAAUCCAGGGCUGAUUGUAAUAAGGUUUCAACUUGUGAAAGUGAUAGUGAGGUGAUAAUGACGUGGACUAAAGAGUUGGAUGAGGCCGCGGUCCUGGCCACCAAGACUGGGCACUGGCACGUAGUGUUGUUCUACUUACUAUGUGGACUAGCAGCGAUACCUACCUCGUUUCUGGUGUUUUCACAGGUGUUUACAAACGCAACUCCAGAACAUUGGUGUGCCCCGCCACCGGAGUUAGACAACCUUGGACUUCCAGACAGCCUGCUGCGUUUCUUGACAGUACCAGGGCAGCAGGGAACGUACGAGUCGUGUCAGGCCUAUGACAUAGAUCCGAAGGAACUCCGUGAAGCAAUCGCCAACUAUGUCGAACAAAGAACAGUUACAAUAAAAGAAGGGAAUGUUUUUCAUUCAAUAAAGAUUUACGAGUUACUCUCAGUCAGUGAUGAUAACCAAAAGGACUUGAUAGCCAACAUAUCAGCCGCAGUGCUGUCAGUCAGAAGGAACACAACGUCACAAUGUACGAACGGUUGGAGGUUCAGUACAGAACAAUACCAGAACACGCUGGUUACAGAUUUCUCCUUGGUCUGUGACAAGGACUGGUUGUCUCGCAUGAGCAACACGCUCUUCUGGGUCGGCUCCAUCUUCGGGAACCUGUUCUUCGGCUGGAUGUCUGACAGAUACGGCCGUCGCCCAACGAUCCUCCUGAUGGUAUUCCUGGAAGUACCGCUAGCUAUAGCGUCAUCAUUCGCCAAGUCCUACUGGACGUACAUCGCGCUGAGGGUUGCAGGAGGCCUGUUCUUCCCAGCAUUGUACCAACUGCCUUUCAUAUUAGCGUUGGAGUUAAUGCCGCCAGGACAGAGGAACCAAACUGGUAUUGUAGUUGGCAUGUUGUUCGCCAGUGGGAUGUGCCUGCUCUCGCUAGUGGCGUACGCGGUCCAAGACUGGUACAAUCUGUCUCUGGCUUCCACAUUACCUUUUAUACUGUUGUAUGGUUAUUACUGGCUGAUACCUGAAUCUCCGAGAUGGUUGGUUGGCAGAGGAAGAAUAGCUGAAGCUGAAAAGGUGCUCAGAAAUAUUGCAAGGAAAAACGAUAUUCACCUACCUCGAGGAUUUUUAUUAGAGUUACAUAAAAAAAUAAAAGAGGAGGAAGAGAUGACGCAAGAAGAACUAGCAACAAUAUCAAACAUGAAUGGUCAUGUAACAGGAUAUACUGAAAUACCUGACAAAGAUCAACAUCUGGACAGAAGAAUAAGCAACAUGCUGACAUUCAAACCAGACCUCUCAAAAAUAUCAGAAACAGAAGAAUCUAAUAAAGAUAGUUUAGAAAAAAUCAUAGCACUAGAAGUAGCAGAUAUCGUUAAUAAGAAAUCUAGGCAAAGGAAAGAAGAAAGAGACGAAGAAAAAGAGCAGAAUGUUACAGAAGUAACAAAUCUGAAUGCAGAUCAUCAGCAGAAAGCGACACAAACUGAAUAUUCUAAAUCCCCAGCGAAUACGCUUAGAAGAAAGUCCUUACAGUUAGUCAGUAAGAUAUUCAUACAGGAUGACGGCGAAGAAGACAUUAUGGAGAAUAAAAGAAUGGAUGAUCAGAAUUCAGAAGGAGACUGCAAAGCUUCCCCUUUAGAUGUAUUCAGAUAUCCAAAUAUUAGAAAGAAGUUUUUCAUUUUAACUUUCGAUUGGGUCGCUCUUGGAGUCGUUUAUAAUAGCUUAAGUUAUAAUACGCCUAACUUGGGUGUCAAUGAUUAUUUGGCGUUUUUUAUUGGUGGCGCCGUAGAGAUACCAUCGUACUUCAUAGCGUGGCGUUGUAUGGAGCGGUUUGGGCGGCGCUGGGUGCUCUGCAGCUUCAUGUGUGUCGGCGGAGUCGCCUGCAUCAGCUGCAUCCUUGUACCGGAAUCUUGGCCCUGGAUAACCGUCGGUCUCUCGAUGUUGGGACGGUUAUUCGCUGCGUCAUCAUUUGCAGUGUUCUACGUUUUGAUUGGAGAAUUACUGCCAACGGUGCUGAGAGCUCAAGCUAUGGGUGCAGCUUCAUUCAUAUCUGGCUUAGGGUUGUUAGCCUGUCCAUAUAUUGUUCAUUUGGCGGUGUACUCCAGAGCUCUACCGCUGACCAUCAUGGGAGUGCUCAGCGUGAUGGGCGGUAUCACUUCCCUCUUCUUACCAGAAACCCUGAACCAGCCACUACCACAGACCCUCGGCGACGGGGAGACCUUUGGCAGAGACUUCAAGAUAUUGAGUUGUGUUGAGCGACAAAGUGAUCAGUGAAUUUGGAUAUUGAUGACACUUCCUUUGAGUUCUGGUCGCCUGGUAGCUCGAAUUCUAUGGACAUAUGUUUAUUGGAAUAGUUCCCAGUAGGAGGGGGAGGGGUAUUUUUUGUGAAAUGACGUAUAUUUCAAUUCUGGGUGACCUGGCUUGAUAGAUAUUAUUUGAAAGUACGAAACAGAUAUUAUAAUCAACAAAAAUGUAUACCGUCUGAUUACAAAACAUAGACUAAAAAUGGUGUUACGUUCGGCUUAACAGCAACUUUUAAAAACUUAUUUAUGAUAAGAAAUUUACCAUACAAAAGUACCUCCUACCUUUGUCCUACAUUUGGUAAUAAGGAUAACUUUGCUUUCUUCACUCCGUUGAUUAUAUCAUAAAUGUUACGGGUAUAAGAUGAAUUAUGAUACUAACAAAAGAAGUUUCUAUGUACGACUGUCAAAAGUAUCAAAAGCAAUGUGCAUGGGUCUCACUGGCGUUCCAAACUAUUUUUGUUCAGACGACUUUGCUUAACAUGGAUAUAGAGACGAUAAUUAUGAUAAAAGGCACACAGUUUCUCAUAAUAAGUAUAAGUUGCUACGUCACAAAUAAAAAUCUAGAACCAGUAGAUCACACCUAGUUGUAACUAAAAUAAUAUUUGAGAGGUUUUGCAUUUUAGAUGUCAAAACUGAAUGUAAAUAACACAAAAAUGCUGUAAAUAUUAAAUAAUGAUUUAAAACA